UUUACAUUUCUUCCCAACAAAUUAUAUUGGUGGUGGCUUUCUUCCAUCGGUUCUUGUAACAGUUUUGAGAUGUUUCAACAAUGUGUAAGUUUUUAACAACUAAGAACCAAGAUGUAUAGCAUAUUGAUCUCUACACUUUAUUUUGAGGAGCCUAGCUGGGUAAGUAUUGAACAAUAAGAUCUAGCUUUGUUCUUUUGCAUUUCACUGAUGCCAUACCCACCACUUGCAUGCUUUGCCACAGCUUCAGUUUGAAUGACUACCUGCCUGAUUUGUUUUCUUUUACCAAAUAGAUUAUCAAGUCUUCACAUGCAGGGCAUUUGACAAAUCUUGCUGUCAUAUCAAGCAACAGUUUGCCUAUUCAAAAGCUCCGUGAUUAUAGAUUCUUUUCCAAGGUAACCAACCAAUAAUCAUGGACUGUUAUCCAAUCCUUAAUUUUUUUAUAUGGUGAUUGAUGGUUUCACUUUAAAGAAAAUCCCAGGUUUCCUACUUAAUAGGGGUCGUUUAAAUAGGGCCUCUGCGUGUGGCCAUAUAAGUUUGUGCCUGAGUGUGGUUAUAAGUAGUCAAAGUUAAUAAAUUCAAGUCAAAAAGUUGAUUUGUAAUUUCGUUGAUAAAGUUAUACAAUAAUUCCCUGCGUCUGAAAGAAAGUAGUUUACAGUCAGGAGUUAGAUUGGUUUAGGAGGUUGGAUUCAGUUGCUUUUACUUAGAAAAUGACUUGGCUCUGAAGAUAUUAGUGAUGCACCUUAUCCUAUCAUCAGUUGAGAGCCUUGGUAGUACCAAUCUCUUUGCAUACUGGGGACCAAAGAAGCCUCACAUAAUUAUGACCACGAUUUCUCAACUGCAUUGAAUGAAAUUUAAUGCAGAAUGUGUUGUGUCAUUCAAAGUUACAACUCUCAGCGUCCAUUGUUUUUACAGAAAUCUACUAAAUGAAAUGAAAUGUUAUAGAUAUCUUGAUUCAGAUGCGAUCAUCCCUUGUCUUUUUAAUGUACAAAUUUCUCCCCAAUCAAGCAUGUCUUUUUCAUUCAUGAUUCAUCAGGUCGAGUCUGGAAUUAUGAACGUUAUAGAAUUUGGAAUUGUCUUCAAGGUUGAGUUAGUAAAACCCACUUAGUAUGCAAAAUUAACAGCAAUAAUUGCUAAAUUUCGCCAUGUUUUUUAGUUUCCCCAUGAAAGGCCAAUUGCCCUAAAUCCACUACCCGUACCUACAAGUUGCAACUAACUGUAUUUUUCAUUUUCUGAAUUUUUUUAGUAUUUUUCUUUUAGUUCAAUGUGUGUGGGUAUGGAUUCAAACCUCUAAAGUGGGAGGUUUGAGCCAAAGAGUGAAGUUAUGAAGUUUUGGGGAGUUGUAAACUUUUGGGACCCACAAUGUAAAGAGUCAAUACGGUAUAAUUAUUGAUGUUUUCUAGUGUGAGACUUGCAAACUCUUUGGCUCUUUAGGUCCAACAAGGAGUAGGGACUAGAGUUCACAACUCCAUACUUCCGAACUUUCUACUCUUCCUUGGCCCAAACGCACUCGUAAGUUCUUAGUCGACAAUAUAAUACCUACUUGGUUCAAGUUGUCGAUUCUUUUUUCUUUUUUAGAAUAUUAUAUCACAAAUACAAAUAAGACAAUUUGAAUGUACAAUUCUAUAUUUUGCAAUGUUCAUUCUUGAUUGGUAGCCAUUUUCUGUGGCUGAAUCAUUCUUGUCUCACUUUUUCUCUGUUUAAAUUCUAAAGUUGUCUUAAUUGCCGUAUUGUUUGAUAGGACAAAAAAGAUAGUAUGCAGCAAACCUGCCAUUCAAAAUUUGAUCAAUGGUGAAUUGACUCUGCUAAUUUGAAUUAAUCUUUCUGUUACGUACUUGAUUGAAAACAGGACAGUCUGAAAUACCAAAAAUGAAUAUGUUGCCAAUUCCCCUUUUGUUUCAUGGGGACAUCCCUCUUUAAUUUUUUGCUGGGACCAUUUGCCAAAUGGGUCCUUCAUGGGCCGGGGAUUGCCUUUACAACAAUUAGGUAGUCAAAAACGAAGCAUUCAAGCUCAUGGGAUUCCGUGCUACAAAUUAACAAAGUUGAAGCGGUUAAGAUUUUCAACUUUUAGAGAGAGAAUGGCCCAAAAGGAAGGAGAGGAAGUUAAAGGCAAGACUUGGAAUUUCCACCUACUCUGGCAUGGUCUUUAGGUAACCACGAGAAACACGAAUUGUCUCUUUCUUUCUUCUCUGUGUUGCAGAAAUAUUUAGUGAAGAAAGCAAGAGAGAGAGAGAGAGGUAGAGAGGUUUCUUUCUUCUUGCAAACAGACCGAGAGUUAGCAAAGUUCUUUGAUUUUUAUACCACGCUAUAGCAAUAGCAACAACCAAAUGCUGCUAAAGGAAACCAUCCACAAAACCAACAACCUCUUCCAUAAAACUCUUGAAAGCUUCAAGGAUUUAUUCUUCAAAGGGUUUCAAAAGCUGCAGAAACCCACUUCCUUGAUCACCUUCUCUUGCAGCAAAGGAAAGCCACAACAUACCCAUCCAACAGAUCGACUCUACAUUGAUUUUUACGAUGAGUGGCAGUCCACACUCCAAAAAGCUGCAAAGAGAAGCAUUGACAAAGGCAGUGUGAUCGCAUCCAAGGAAAAUGUGAAGCAAGAAGACACAAUCGUUGCAAUACAAAGCCCUCCAAGGAGCAAACAAGAGAAGGCUGUGAAAGAGAAGAAGAAACCAGGAGCUUCCCAUCUUAGAAAAGGUGAUGUUAAAAACAGUAGUACAAGAAGUAAUGGUUUAGUAGAAAAAAUGAAAGAAUUGGAGAUGCUGGAUAGGAGUGAUAUGGAACAAGAAUUGGAUAUAGAAGAAGCAAUUCAUUAUUACUCUCGCCUUAGAAGUCCUGUUUAUCUUGAAAUUGUGGACAAAUUUUUCAUGGACAUGCACUCAGAAAUUUCUGUUCCUGAGCCUUCAGCUAGGAGUAUGAACAGCUCAAAGAGAAGAAUGGGGUCCAUGAGAUUAUAGAAUUUUUCAUGUUAGUGAACUAUAUCUUUUACCUAUUUUCCCCCCCUUUUUCCUUCUUUUUGGAAAAUCUGGUUUGAUUGUAUUUCCAUAUUUGUAUUCCUCUAUUGCUUCUGAGAAUAUGCCUUUUUGUGUGAUUACUGA